AACUGAAGAAACAUUUGACCAAUCUCUGCAACUCCAUAAUUCUUCACUCUUCAAUCUCUCGUAUAGAUCCUGAAAAAACCCAAACCCUAAUUGUUAGGGUUUUAAUAAAACACUUUAAUUUUGUCUAAAUUCACUUAAUUUUCAUUUUCGUCAAAAUUGUGAUUAAAAUCGACGAUCUAGAUGAAAAUUAGGGUUAUUUUACUGUGUUUUCUAAUACUUUCGUCGAAUUUCUCGCAUUUACAAUCCGAGGAAUCAAAGAGUAAUAAAUUCCGAGAGAGAGAAGCUACAGAUGAUUCCGCUGCUUAUCCUAAUUUAGAUGAGGAUGAGUUGCUGAAUACACAAUGCCCUCAGCAUUUGGAGCUAAGAUGGCAGACAGAAGUUAGUUCUAGCGUGUAUGCUUCACCCUUGAUUGCUGAUAUUAACAGUGAUGGGAAGCUUGAGAUUGUAGUUCCCUCUUUUGUUCAUUACUUGGAAGUUCUGGAAGGUUCUGAUGGAGAUAAACUACCAGGCUGGCCCGCUUUUCAUCAAUCUACCAUUCAUUCGAGUCCUCUCCUGUACGACAUUGAUAAGGAUGGCGUGAGGGAGAUAGGUUUGGCCACCUACAAUGGUGAGGUUCUCUUUUUCAGGGUGUCAGGAUACUUGAUGUCUGAUAAACUUGAGAUUCCUCGGUUGAAGGUAAAAAAGAAUUGGUAUGGGGGUUUGAGUUCAGACCCUGUGGACCGUUCUCAUCCAGAUGUCCAUGAUGACCAACUAAUCCAGGAGCUUCUGAUGGAAUCUCUUGCCCGUCAUAAUGCAUCUAGUCAGGGUGGCAAGCAUUCAGAUUCUACGGGAUUGGCAGUUCAUAAUGAGACACAUUCUGUUCCAGAAAGUCACGGUGGAAACCAUUCAGACUCUACGGUAUCAGCAGUUCACAAUGAGACACAUUCUGUUCCGGAAGAAGUCCACCAUGAUGCAUCUAAUGCUUCAAUAUCUUUGCCAUCAGAAGUUUCAUAUGCCAACUCGUCUAAUUUAGAGGACCAAAAGGGGAAAAAUAACAGUCUAGGUGAUGCAGAAACUAACAUGGCUAACUUGAACAGUAGUAUUCUGAGUUCUGAAACUGAUAAAAUUAGCAAUUUGGAGAAUGGAACCAAUACCGGAAGAAGGCUUCUUGAAGAUGAUGUCUCAACAAAAUCUGAGGAAGAUGUUCAAGCUGCAACUGUGGAAAAUGAAGAAGGUCUAGAGGCUGAUGCUGAUUCAUCUUUUGAGUUGUUCCGUGACAGUGAUGAGCUGGCAGAUGAGUAUAAUUACGACUAUGAUGAUUAUGUUGAUGAGCACGACUGGAACGAUGAAGAAUUUAAGGAGCCAGAACAUGAUAAAUUGGAGGAUUAUGUGGAUGUUGAUGCUCAUGUUUUAUGUACCCCUGUCAUAGCUGACAUUGAUAAUGAUGGGGUGUCAGAGAUGAUUGUUGCAGUUUCCUAUUUCUUUGACCAUGAGUACUACCAAAACUCAGAACAUUCGAAGGAGCUUGGAGACAUUGACAUUGGAAAAUAUGUAGCUGGUGGUAUUGUAGUCUUUAAUCUAGAUACCAAGCAAGUUAAAUGGACUCAACAGCUGGACCUAAGUACUGACUCGGGGAGCUUCCGUCCCUACAUACACUCUUCCCCUACGGUAGUUGAUUUGGAUGGUGAUGGAAAUUUAGACAUUCUAGUUGGGACCUCUUAUGGCAUGUUUUAUGUCUUGGAUCACAAGGGGAAAGUGAGGGAUAAGUUUCCUCUUGAAAUGGCUGAAAUCCAAGGAGCAGUAGUUGCAGCUGAUAUAAAUGAUGAUGGCAAGAUUGAACUAGUGACUACAGAUUCGCAUGGCAAUGUUGCUGCAUGGACUGCACAGGGCAAAGAAAUUUGGGAAAAGCAUCUUAAAAGCCUAAUUCCACAGGGACCUGCCGUUGGGGAUGUGGAUGGGGAUGGCCAUACCGAUAUCGUCGUUCCAACAAUUUCAGGGAAUAUUUAUGUUCUGAGUGGAAAGGAUGGCUCCAUUGUACGCCCAUAUCCUUACAGGACUCAUGGUAGAGUCAUGAAUCAAGUUCUUCUUGUUGACUUGACGAAACGUGGGCAGAGGAAAAAAGGGCUUACAAUUGUCACUACUUCAUUUGAUGGUUACUUGUAUCUCAUAGACGGGCCUACAUCAUGUGCUGAUGUUGUAGAUAUUGGUGAAACAUCAUACAGCAUGGUCUUGGCUGAUAAUGUUGAUGGUGGAGAUGACCUCGAUCUUAUUGUGACAACCAUGAAUGGCAACGUCUUCUGUUUCUCUACACCUUCUCCGCAUCAUCCCCUCAAGGCAUGGAGAUCAUCUAACCAAGGGAGAAAUAAUGCUGCAUACCGAUUAGAUCGUGAAGGAGUCUAUAUUACUCCAUCAUCAAGAGCUUUCCGUGAUGAAGAAGGCAAGAAUUUUUGGAUUGAAAUAGAAAUUUUUGAUAAAUACAGAUAUCCAUCUGGGUCUCAAGCUCCAUAUAAUGUCACGGUGAGUUUGUUAGUACCUGGGAAUUAUCAAGGUGAUAGAACUAUUAAGCAAAAUAAGAUAUUUAAUCAAGCUGGAAAACAUCGGCUUAUGCUCCCAACUGUUGCUGUGAGGACUUCUGGUACGGUGUUGGUGGAGAUGGUUGACAGGAAUGGGCUAUAUUUCUCUGAUGAUUUCUCCUUGACAUUCCAUUUUCAUUAUUAUAAGCUGUUAAAAUGGCUUCUCGUUCUUCCUAUGCUGGGGAUGUUUGGUGUGCUUGUCAUUCUUCGUCCGCAGGAGGCCAUGCCAUUACCAUCAUUUUCACGAAACACCAACCUCUAAUGUUUGAUAUAAAAUACGGCACAUUGUUGAGUUAUAGAAAUGAGGCAUCUUCUCCGGCUAGAACUUGAACUGACAACAGCCUUUCUGGCCAGUGGGAACGUUCAGCAGGUCAACGGUGAGCUAGAUGUAUGUUGAACUGUAUAGGAUGAAGAGACAGUUGUCUGUGAUGCUACCUGAAUCUGAAUUCUGAGUAUUCAAGUCUGGUUUUGACAUUGUACCCUUCCCCAGGUGUAACAUACUGAUAAUUGUUGACACAUUCGAGUAAACCAUGAUUAUUUAUGGAAUCAGAAUUUUGUUUGAAGGUA